UCCAACGUGUCGGAAAACGGGGAGGAGGAGGAGGAGAACGAGGAGGAGGAAUUGAAAGAAGGCUACCGCGAUGCCCGGAUCCAAGUCCUUUUGGCUGUGGCUUACUCGGCAGGCAUUGGAGGGACUGGGACCCUCACCGGAACGGGAACCAAUCUCAUCUUUAAGGGUAUCGUGGACGAGUAUGUAGAUUUCGUUCUCGUUUUCCUCAUUCGCGGCUUGCUAUGGGGAGACAGGGGGUGGGGGGAGGGAACGAUGCUUCGUCAGAGAGAGGUAUUCGUGUCUAUUUCUAGGCGGUACGGACCAGAGGCUGGAUUGAAUUAUGGGACCUGGAUGGCUUUCAAUGUUCCGGGAUUGCUGCUCAAUGUCUUCAUCGCCUCUCUCUGGCUCCAAGGAAUUUUCCUCUUCGCUCAAAGGGCUCCGAGUCGAAGCGAAGAGGCGAAGGCGGCAGAAGCGGCUCGUGCCGUGAUCAACAAGAAAUACGCUGAACUAGGAUCCAUGUCUUUCCACGAACUCUUGACCCUUAUACUGUUUGUCGCCCUGGUUGUGCUCUGGCUCUCCCGGGAUCCCAAGUUUGUCCCCGGAUGGGCCGAUUGGAUCAAAGGAAAACGCAGCAGGGAGCAAGUGAUCUCCUCCGUUUUAGAUAAGCCGUCAGAGUCAAGCGAGGCUCUUCUCAAUUGGAGAAUCCUCCACGAAAAGAUGCCCUGGGGAUUGAUCCUCCUGAUAGGUGCAGGAUUCGCGAUAUCCAAAGCCUCCGAGGUAUCCUGCAUGUCGUACUGGCUGGGCCAGCAGAUGGGAAACCUAAGAUUCUUGUCCCCGUCCGUUCUCGUUUUCAUCAUCACUCUUAUGACAGCCAUGAUAACGGAAGUGGCUUCCAAUACAGCUACUGCUAGCAUCCUCCUACCCGUCUUUGCUCAGCUGGCAAAUGUGGUGAGGGUGAAUCCUCUGUACCUGAUGCUGCCAGCGACCGUGGCCUGUUCGUAUGCCUUCAUGCUCCCAGUGGCCACUCCAUACAAUGCCAUCGUCUUCGAGGCCACCCAGAUGAAGACCUCCACCAUGAUGAAGGCCGGGUUCGUCAUGAACGUAAUAUGUGUGGGGGUAAUCAACCUGAUGAUCAACACGUUGGGGGAUUAUCUCUUCGACUUCUCCAAAUUCCCCGACUGGGCAGACGCGGUCAGGAAUUCAAGCUCCUCCCCCUCCUCUUAUUGCAACUAUACUCUCUAC